GGGAGUGCGGGGCGCCAGACCGCCGCGGGGUAUCACGGCCGCGGCCAAGCUUGCCAAGCGCGGGGCAGGCGCCCGCCGCUUUUAAACCCGGGAGGGCGCGGCGGCCGCGGAGGCGGGCGGAUCAAGGCGCGCGCGGGGCGCCGGGUGGCGGCCGGAUGGAGAGGAAGGGCUCGGCGGCCGCGGCCAAGGGGAACCCGAGCCCGCCUGCGGCCGGCGAGGCGCAGCGGCCGCCGCCGCCACUGUGCGUCCCGGGCGGCGGCGGCAGCGGGGUCCCGGCGCGCAGCCAGGCUGGGGCGGCGGCCGAGCCCGCCGAGUUCAUCAGGCGGGCGCACGAGUUCAAGAGCCAAGGGGCGCAGUGCUACAAGGACAAGAAAUUCCGCGAAGCCAUCGGCAAAUACCACCGGGCGUUGUUGGAGCUGAAGGGGCUGCAGCCGGCGCCCGGGGAGCAAGAGCGGGACUCGCGCGCGGCCUCCCCGCCCGGGGCCCCAAACCCCGGCCGCCUCUCGGAGGAGCAGAGCAAGACAGUGGAAGCCAUCGAGAUCGACUGCUACAACAGCCUGGCAGCCUGCCUGCUCCAGGCUGAGCUGGUAAACUACGAGCGAGUCAAGGAGUAUUGCCUCAAAGUCCUGAAGAAGGAAGGAGAGAACUUCAAGGCCCUUUACCGGUCUGGUGUGGCCUUCUACCACCUUGGAGACUACAACAAAGCCCUCUACUACCUGAAGGAAGCCAGGACCCGACAGCCAACAGACACCAACGUGAUUCGGUACAUCCAGCUGACGGAGAUGAAGCUCAGCAGAUGCUCCCAGAGAGAGAAGGAAGCCAUGUAA